ACGUACAGGUGAAUAAUAACGAGGUUUACGAUACUCGUGCAUCGAACGAGUGCAGUUACAUUUCUAUAGUGGAGUGGAUUCGUGUAUAGCCACGACGAACACGUGUGGAGAUAAAGUAACGAAGAGUCGAAGUUAGGUAGCUGUGAUAUUCGGGACGAGUGCGCCAAACGUACCGCACGAGAGAGAUAGGAAACGAUAGGGGGAGCGAGAGAGAAGACACGCACGGUAGACCAGUAUAGAGCGGCACGGGCAGCUACGAUCGACGGUAACUAUUUUUCAUUGACCAAGCACCACAGAAAUUUCGAAAAAUAAGCGCACACAUCGCCACGGUGAGUUGUAAAAUUCACCGAGAUAUCGUUCGAAACACCACGGACAGAUUAAUAACGUCCCUUCCAUUUCUCGUCGAUUAACGACGAAUCAAAAUUGAUUUCGAUGAAUUCGUGUGCAGGCCUUAUAAUAUUAUAACGAAAUCAUGGAACCUUGCGAGGGACGAACACAAGAGAAAGUGCAAGAAGGAGAGUAUGGAUUUUUUUGGCAAGACUACCUCGAUGUCACAGAAAGCGUGGAAGUACCUCAAAUUAUGUUUCCACAUGUGGAACUCACGCUUCAAAGCGGCAUCGAAAUUGGCAUGUCUCUUGAAGUGCCAAUUCCAAAGACUGCAAACGAGGAAAACAUCAAAUAUUGGAUUGCCUCCAUUGUUAUGGCAUGCGGACCUCUAUUACGGUUACGUUACUUUGGUGGAGAUGAUAGAUCACUGGAAUUUUGGUUCAAUCUCACAAAGGAGGCUGCUCAUGAACUUGGUUGGUGUGUGAAAAAUAAUAAAAAGUUAGAACCACCUGAUAUUGUACUUCAGCGAUUACCUAACUGCAUGGAAAAGUUGGAUGAAUUUUUAACAACAGCACGGACUGUUCCACCGCAAAUGUUGUCAGGGGAUGGUCUCAGCAUGACAGAAAGAAUUAAACCAGAGAUGAAAGUUGAAGUUAGUGAUACUCUACAUCCUUAUAAAUUAUGGGUAGCUACGAUCAUAGAAAAUGUAGGUGGACGUCUUCUACUAAGAUAUGACACUCCCGGUUCAUUGCAUAAAGACUUUUGGAUGUUCUGUACAUCAGAACAUCUUCAUCCGUAUGGAUUCACAUCUAAAUCAGAUUCUAAUUGGUUUUUAGAGCCACCCAGUUCUAUUGUAGACAUGCAUACAUACGAAGAGUGGAAAGACUUAUUAGAAUCUAUACCAAAAAACAACAGCCUACCAGAGGAACUAUUUAACAAUAACGUAGAACACUCGAAGCAUGAGUUCAAGGUUGGCAUGAAAUUGGAAGCUUUAAGUCCAAUUCAUCAAACAAAAAUAUGCCCAGCGACUGUUAUAAAAGUAUUCGAUAACACUUACUUCCUCGUACGUAUCGACACAUAUGAUAAAUCAAUGGAAGGAAUUGAUAUUGAGUCGUGUAUAUACAAUAGUACAGAAAAAAAUACUUGGCUAUGCACAUCAGCACAUCCGUACAUCUUCCCAGUUGGAUGGGCAAAGCGAAACGAUAUUAAAAUAGCACAACCAAAUGGAUGGAUCUCAAAAAGGGAUGACUUCGAUUGGGACGAAUAUUUAACAGAGACGCAGGCGAUUGCUGCGGAAGAGACAUUAUUUUCCGAAAGACAAAGCGCUACCGAUGCUGGAUUCGAGUGCGGCAUGCGGUUAGAAGCAGUCGAUCCAGAGCGCGAGAAUGUUAUAUGCGCUGCGCAUAUUACAAAAAUUGUUGACAAUCUCUUAUGGUUAAAGUUAGAUAAUUACGAAAACACGAGACCAGAACAUAUAGUCGAUAUGCAUUCCCUGCAAAUAUUUCCUGUUGGAUGGUGCGAGUCUAAUCACUACCCGCUGAAACCACCGAAGGAUUACGUGGAACUUUGUAAAAAGCUGCAAACGCCCCCGAAAGACGAAAAGAAGAGCAACGUUUUAGAUAUACCGAUAUCAGAGCCUCGUUCGUCGUUGUGGUGUCCAAAGAUAUAUUUCAAUUACCGUUGUUUCACGGGGCCUAUGAUUUCCAAAGGGAAACUGGCGACACUGCCAAAAGCAGUGGGGCCUGGUCCUGUGAUUCUAGUGAUGAGGGAAGUUCUGUCGAUGAUCGUAUCCGUCGGAUACAGAAGCGCUCGAAUAUUGAAAGUACUGCAAUGCGAUUCGAAACCAGAUCCUGGAUAUCAUUUGGAAGUUUUAAAGGCGAAGCACAAAAACAAUACGUACCGUGCUAGCGUUGCAGUCGUCACGUCUGGCGAUAUGGUGGCGGACUUUUGCAGAAAUAUCUGCAAGAAGUUGAUGGUAUGCCCGAACUUGUUCGGACCUUUGUACGUACCCGAAAACGAAUGUCCAGAUAGAUGUCAUAAGACGUCUAAAGCCAAAUUCACAUCGGUAGGUACUGGAAGAAGGGGAAAGCCAAAGGGUUACACGAGUAUCAUGGUGCAAAAACCUAAGCCAUGGGGUGGUAGACGGAAGAGGAGGCGCGGUAGAUGGGCGAACAGAGAGAAGGAUACUCAGGACGAUUACGACCACGAGGACGAUUUGCCAUUUUUAUCGCUGGAUUUAGCGAAACAUGUGUCAGGGAUUGAAGAGACCCUCGACGGAAGAACGCCACUUUCUGAGAUAGAUAUCAUGAUCCAAAAAGGUUUGGAGAAAUCGGACAAGUCGGAUGAAUUUAAAACCGAGCCACCGUCGAGUAAUGCUUCGGAGGACUCUGGAAGUUCGUUUAAUGAUAGAAAGACGAAGGAUAGAGGAAGCCCCAGUAGUUUGAGUAAUAACAAACAUUCGUCGAAAUAUAGUCAAAGUAGUGCAGUCACCAGGGCAAGUAAGAGAGAGCGAGACUGGGAUACGAGCAUCGAAUCUGAUUGCUCAGAAGCGGAUGCUGAAUAUGUGAGAAUGCAGAAAAAACAAAGACGACCGAAAACGCGAAAAUUGGACUCGAAUCCCUUGUUUUGGAGCGUGGACGACGUGUUCAGAUAUUUGAGAAAGACGAACGAUUGCAAAGAUAUCGCGUAUCGAGUUAAACAAGAGGAAAUUGACGGACUGGCGUUCCUACUGUUGAAUCUACCGUCUCUGACGCAACACAUGAAGCUACGAACAAGUUUGGCCAUGAAACUUUGUCGUCACGUCGAACAAGUCAAGGUCACAUUUUUUUUACGGCACAUCAACGAAGUAGAACCCGAACAGUAUCAAAUAGUAUAAUUGUAUCAAUUAGGAAAUUCAAUUUGUUUUAUUAUUUAUACAGUGUAACAUAAUGUAUCAUGAGAGGAAAAAUGAUGCUAGGAUCUUUAUUGUAUGAUAAAGACUGAAUGACUUUUAAUUUAUAUAAAAAUGCAAGACUGCAUUAACUUUAAAUAGUGAUAUAACCUAUUUAAUCGUAACAUAGUAUAUUUAAAUUAUUUUUGUUAUAUAGUAAGAUUUGCAUGAAAUGAAAUUUUCCUAAUUAUACAUAAAAUUGUUUAAAUGUGUACCUAAGAUAUUGAAACAUAUUCUGUUCCGAUAAUGUGUAAAAUUUGUACAAAAAUUAUAAUUAUGUACUUUCUUCCACUAAUAAUAUAAAUGUUAUUAAUCUUUAAGUAGUCUAAAUUCUUGUAACUUUGAUUUUGUAAAAUGACAAUAAAACAAGAUAUUCGUAGUUU